AAUCUAAAUAAAAUAUUUCAUAAUAAAAGUUUCAGAAGGAGCAGAGAAUAAAAACAUGUUCUGUUGUCUGACGGCUGUAUAGUUUUAUUACCACAAGGUGGCAGUAUUGAUCUGUUUCUAAAUAAAGUUAAAUCUGCAGCAGGAAUCCAGAUGUUCCUUGUAUUGUUAGUGAUGAUGUUCCUGAUGUUCUGCUGCCUCUCCUCCUCUUCCUCUCUCAGGAUGAAGAUGAUCUCCAGGAUCCUGCUGCUCCUCAUCCUCAGCUCAUGUCUCUGUGCAGCAACAUUUGUAGUGAAUGUGACACAGAGCAGCUAUCAGGCAGAGGAGAACCACAGCAUCACUCUGGAGUGGACCUUCACCACCAACACUCAGGGAACCUGGAGCAAACUGCUCAUCGAUUGCAGCUUGUUAACUCCUCACAGAAGAUUAUUCAGCUUUCAGUUCCAUGAAGGUGUUGAGUUUCCAGAUUCUCAGCAUGAACAUUUUUCAGGACGAGUCCAGAGUGACAAAGACGUCCUCAGAGAAGGACGAAUCAGACUAAAUGUGUCCAGACUGAGGACUGAAGACUCUGGUCUGUAUCGGUGUGAAGUGAAAACUGAAGAUGGAUCCAACAAUGCUGCAUGUCGACUCAACGUUACUGCAGCUGCUGAUGUUUGUGCAGUCCAGAGAACGACCUUGGAUCCAGAUCCAGAAGGUCAAGGAUUGAACGGCCCCCAUGAUUCUCUCGGACUGACAACAGCAGCAGCUGCUGAUGUCUCUCCAACCCAGAGAACGACCUUGGAUCCAGAACCAGAAGGUCGAGGAAGGAUCGGCCUCCAUGUUUCUCUGUUACUGACAGCAGCAGCAGCAGCAGCUCUGAUGGUCAAACUUUUCCUGACUCUCCGUUCAAAGGGUUGAUAUGGAUGAUGAUCCUGUGGGCAGGAAGGAGCUCCAGUAGCAGUCUGUGUUGGACUGAAUAUGAAGAAGCCUCUGACUGAAGACUGUUGCUGUUUGACCAAAUCAUGGCUGCAUGACAAGCAAACAGGUCAAAUAUCAGAGAGAAGAGAAAAUAGUUCACUGAAACACUGGAUGACAUCAUCAGGCUCUGCUAAUCCACCUCAUCAGCUUUUGCUUCUCCUCUGUAGAGAGAGAGUAGAGGGAAGGAGAGAGAGAACACUAACUAGAAAACUAGGAACAUUAAUCUAACUGCUAAUGAGCUACUAAACAAAUGACUGAACUAAAUUAAACCAGAAUCCAGGCUGAUCUGAUCAGAACCAGAACUAAGAAUCCAGAAAACCCAAAACAUCUCAGGAAGCUGCUGAUAAAAAGCAACAAAUAUUUAAUUUAAAUUUCUGUUUCUGUUGGAUUAUCUUUGAGCAGAACUAUACAAGUAAAGGUCGUUUACAAUUUCCCCGUUCUAAAAACAAAACAUUGUUAUGGUUACGCAACACUACAAAAGUCCAAAAGUAAAAAAUGUAAGAAGAAAGAUCCCUGCAACGACAAACCCAGAGGGAAACCAGAACAAGAACCAAUCAGAGCUGACGUAGCUGAGCUGCUCCAACAUGGCUGUCAUGGAAGAAAUUACUUUAGCAAGAGUCUGGAUGAGAAGAAAUAAGGAAUUUAUUAAAACCUUGCAAGGUGAGAACAGAAAUACAGAGUCGUAGGAAUCUGUCAAGUCUGCUCUGACCAACAGUGGAUCUGGUUUCCUUUUAUAGGUUCUGGUCAGAGAAGAGAGACUUGAUUGGACUAUAGGUGUGAAUCCCUGAUUGUGAUGUACCAGAGAUUCUGUGGAGACCAACACAGAUAGUCUGGCCAUUUGUCUGUUGUUAAGGAAAGGAGAUGAUUCUCUGAUGCUAAAGGAUAAAUUCUACGUUGGGAAGAAACUUUUAGAUCGUCUCCAGGAUCAAGGAGCUCCUGCUGUUCUUUGGUACAGCAGAGGCCCAUCUGAGAGCAGCUUGACCAAAAUCAUGAUAAGAUCAUGCAGACAACCUAAAGCAGAAGAGAGGUGAGGAGAACCUUAUAACAUUUUCUAUUACGAUGGCGCCUCCAUGUUUUCUCUGUUUAUUGAGAUCAAACUUCUGGACUUUGGUCUCAUCGGUCCAGAGGAUUUUGUUCCAGGAGUCGUUUGGUUCAGUUCUGAUGACUUUGUCCAGUUCAGUCCAGAUUAAUGGACGUUUUUACACAAGUUUAUAAUUUAAGUAAAAACCAGCUGGUGAAACGUUUAUAAUAAAUGUUAUUUUUAUAAACAACUGAUUUUUAUAAAUGUUUUUAUAUGUAAAAUAUUUUAAUUUAGUGAAUGAAUGAAUCGUAGUAAAAAAUGAACAGAGUCUUUCCAUCUGUUGUUUUGAAUCAACUUUAAAAAGUUUUGUUGAAGCAAAUUUAUUGAAGUCAUUUUUCUCAGAGCUUUGAUUCAGAAAGUAUUAAAAUUCAGUCAUUUCAAAUGAAUCAACAUGAAUCUCAAUGAAAAGCUGCCAGUGAGUCGUUUUCUCAGCUUUCAGCUCCAAAAGGUUCUGUGGAUCAGAACCAUCCAGUUAUUAAAGCUGAACAGCUGAGAGGUUUUGUUACUGUGAUCAGUUUAUCUGCUUUGUUUUCUGUUUCUGCUGUUAAAAUGUGAAUAAAUCAGUUUUAUAGAAAGAUGCUGUCAGGACUCUAAUUCCAUGUUUAAUAGAAUAAAUUUCAUUAUUUUAUCAUAUUUAUUUUAUCUGCAGCGUCUCAUUAAACCGUCAGAUGAUCA